AUGAUUGCUCAAGGGAUCUCUCCUGAUCUGUUCAUUUACAACUCUUUCAUCUCUGGAUUAUGCAAAGCGGGUUUGUGGGACGAUGUUACAGAGAUGAUCAAGGAAAUGGUGAGCAAAGUCAGUAAGGUGAAUGAAGCGAUUGAUAUAUAUGACUUUAUGAUCAAUCGAGGUCCGGAUCCCCUCGUGGAAACAUAUCACUCUCUGUUGGAUGGUCUGUUUAAAGUGUGUAGGCUAACGGACGUAACUGAGUUGUUCAAAUUGAUGAGGCAUCGUGACGUUAGGCUUGAUGUUGUUACUUACAACAUAAUGAUCAGUGGCUAUUGCAAGAAUGGGAAAAUUGAGGAAGCUGUCCAGGUUAUAAGAGAAAUGGAUUGUAAAGGGUUGAAAGCAGAUACUUAUACAUACGCAGCUUUAAUCCACGUUGUUAACCAAGCUGGAGAUUCAGAAGUCGCUAAAGAAGUCGUCGAUGCAAUAUGCAAGUCUGAUUGCUCUCCAAGCAUACAACAGUACAGUGUUCUCAUUGACUGUUUGGUUAAAAAAGAAUAUUUUGAAGGAGCAAGAAGACUGUUAAGACGAAUGGAACGUGAGGGGAAGAGAAUGUGCGAUGCUUCAUACACGACACUAAUACAUGGUUUAAGCCAGGCAGGAAACUGGGACUUCGCUCAAGAAAUAUUUUAUGCAACUGGUCGUACUCCAAGCAUAAACGAAUGCGGUGCUCUCAUCGAUGGUAUGAUGAAAAAUGGAAAAGUGGCUGACGCAAAGAGACUUUUUGAUGAGAUCCCAGACAAGGGUUUGGUGCCUGAUGUCAUUACGUACAAUAUUAUGAUUGGUGGCUAUUGCAAGUAUGGGAAACUAGAGGAAGCCAUUGACAUUAUAAGACGAAUGACAUAUGAGGGGCUGAAACCAGACAAUUAUACAUAUACUUCAUUAAUACACGCUUCUUGCCUAGCUGGGGAUGUAGAUGCCGCGCAAGGAAUCUUCAAUGCAAUAUGGAAAUCUGGUCAUUCUCCUGACAUAUAUCAGUUCAAUGCUCUAAUCAGUGGUCUGAUAAAAAAUGGGAAACUGGAGGACGCAAAGAGACUCUUUGGUGAAAUCCCAAACAUGGGAUUGGUGGCAGAUGUCGUAACGUACAACAUAAUUAUUGAUGCCCUCUGCAAACAUAAGAUGCUAUCAGAAGCCAGAGCAUUGUUCUUUGAAUUAGAGCCAAAGGGUUGCUCACCUGAUUCUGUUUCGUUUAACACUAUUAUAUCUGGCUUUCUUGAAGAGAACAAGGUUAAAGAUGCAGUUCUGCUUCUUCAGAGCAUGCUCGAUAGGAAAUUUACCCCAAACGAUGGUGUUAAAUGCAGGCUGCGUCGACUUCUUGCUCGUGCUGAUGGACGUAAAACACUUCAGCCACUUCUAGACACUUACGGGAAGAACUUUUUCGAGUGA